ACGUGUCUUCAUUGCUCGUCAGCUUUGGAUGUUUUGCAAUUUUUACUAACGGUUUUUCCUUGGGUUUUUAUUGCUAAGUUAUGGCAACUUGAAAGACCGGUUUCUGUGAUGCACUUUCAGGACCACUGCGGUUUGAGGGGGACGGUGUUCACGGUUACACAGAAACACGUCUACCUCCAGUGUUGCAUAACGCUGCUGCUGUGUAGGACACAGAGGAGACAUAAUAUAGAGAAAUAUUUCUGUUGAUUUUGUUUAAUUUUAUUUAUUUUUUUCGUAAGAAACGUUUGUGAAGACGGUGCUGUUGGCUUCCACAAUGAGACGAAAAAAAGGAUUGUCUUUUUAAAAUACAGGAAGUUGGGUAUUUAUUGUACUCCGCCUCAGGCAAGUACAGCAACAACUCAGGAACAGUUGAUAUUUGGGUUUUUAACAGUAACCCAGAAAAUAAAACAAUGAAGACUGAUUUCUGUCUUCGAUUUCUGAGGAGUAGCAACCUCCUCCCCUGCCAGAGACCCUGUAGGACUUGGAGAACCAGCUGGCAAAGAGGACUAAGAACAACGUAUUUAAGUAAAACCCCAAAGCCAUGUGUUUCAGAGCAAAUCAGCAUACCGCUGCUGCACUCUCCAUCCAAGGCUUGGAGGCUUUGUAGCUUUCAUGGACAAGGUCAGCCCCUUGCAUCAACAAGCCUGCAUCCAUGCAGGAACUUUACCCAAAUUAGCCCUGCUAGAUCCCAAGGACAGAGCCUAACAUGGCCAAAACAGAUGCAAUUUCAUACCAUCCUUGGAAGAAGUUCACUCCCUGUUGUGCUGCCCAUCUCCACUGACCAGUCACCAGCAGCUCAGCAGUGCAGCGGGUCCUUCCACACCUCUGUCCCUGCUAGGGCCCUGCCUGCACCACUUAUAUGGAUGGCCCUGAAACCUCUCCAGAAACUGGCUGCGAUAAUAAUAGGAAGGAGUAUUCGUAAAUGGUGGAAAUCCCUCCCUUCUAACAAGCGGGAGCUGUUCCGGCAGAGCGUGUGGAGAAGCAGGUGGAGGAUCUGUGCAGGGGUGUGCGGGCUGGCCGUGGUGGUCACAGUCUUCUUCUGCACUCACCUGGACGAGGCUCCCGUCACGGGCCGCAGCCGACUGCUGGUGUUCAGCAGCGAGCAUUUCAAAGAGCUGUCCACGUUCACAGCUGAAGGGUACUUGGAAGAGUUCAAGGACACGAUGGUCCCGCUGCAGGACCCCAGGCACAGGGCAGUGGAGAUGGUGGUGAGGCACCUGGUGGAGCGGAACCAGGACGUCCCCGAGGUGUCCCAGAUCCCCUGGACUGUCAGGGUGGUGGAGAGCUCCGACAUCAACGCCUUUGUUCUAGCGAACGGACAGGUUUUUGUGUUCACUGGAAUGCUAGAAGCGGUAGCAGAUGUUCACCAGCUCUCGUUCAUUCUCGGCCAUGAAAUGGCACACGCGAUAAUAGGACAUACGGCAGAGCAGGCCAGUCUGGUGCACUUUGUGGAUUUCCUGUCUCUGAUCUUCCUGACAGCAAUCUGGGCUAUUUGUCCUCGUGACAGCCUCGCCAUCGUGGGACAGUGGGUUCAAAGCAAAUUAUCCCAGUUCAUGUUUGAUCGGCCCUACAGCAGAAAGUUGGAGGCAGAAGCAGACAAGGUUGGACUGCAGAUGGCUGCGAAGGCGUGUGCUGACGUCAGGGCCGGGCCUGUGUUCUGGCAGCAGAUGAUGGUCACAGAGACGCUGACAGGGGAGCCCAGAGUGCCGGAGUGGCUUUCAACUCACCCGUCUCAUGAGAACCGUGCAGAGCAGCUGGACCGGCUAAUACCCCAGGCUCUGAAACUCCGGGAAAGCUGUAAUUGCCCCGCUCUGCCUGCGGAAGACCCCCGUUCUGUGUUCCUGCAGAGCGUCAAGCUCCUGUUGCAACAGGUCCCAGUGGAAGAGAAGGAGGGGGAGCCCAAGAACACCAGGGACCCCCCUAAGAUCGAGAGUCGCCCUGUUCUGCUGCCCGUCCGCCUGGGGAAAGAGAAAGUGUUUGCAGCGAAUGCACUGCAGGAACCGCUGAGCAUCUCUCCUCAGAGAUAGGGGGCAUCUUGUUAGCCCUCGACAGGAGGGGAGCUUUGGGUGAUGCACUCACAACCCCAGGGUCUCUAUUGAAGCGAGCUCAGAGAGGUCAGACUCAAAAGAUGGAAAGCUCAGCAGCUGAGAAAUAGGGGAAACACACAGGGUAUGAAUCCGGUAUAGCCCAGGCUUGAAACAUUGGAGAAUCGUUGCUCAUAAUUAACCCUUUCUUUUUAAUGUCCAAGAUUAACUAAUGGAUACCGGGUUAUCAUUAAUUAUGUUUUGUGCAGUGAAUGGAAUAACCAGCACAUUCGAAAAGAAUAUAUCUAUAGACCUAUAUUUGAUUGGGUACAUUGGGAUUAUUUGACCGUAUAACCAUAUUAAAAAAGAGCUAUUUUA